CUGCGUCAGUUGUCCACAAAGCAACACAGCGAUCGGUUUUGUUAGUGUGUGCGCCUGUUCAAUAGAAGAAACAACACGCAAUACCGCUCCGGCAGUUCUAGCGCUUCUCGAGAAAGUGUACCCUUGCACUAGCAGUGUUUGGCUGUUGAGCAUAGAAAUCUCGAAUUACCCCGAACGACUCAUCCGACGCCGACGGAACUCGCAGACUGAUAAGAUUACCUGGUGUGCAAAAACAUAAAAAAAAACGUAAAAAAUCUCCUCGAAGCAAAGAUAAAAUGCAAGCAGGUGGCUUGUAAUUGAAUUAAACUGCACAACCCUCCCCCCAGCCCCACACGAAUCGCGCAACCCUCGUGUUCGCUAAAAGAGAGACAGAGAGAGCGCGCAUUGAGAAGUUAGAACCCGCAGCGGGCCGAGGAGUGAAUCACUCGUUUUGUGUGAAAGUGUGUAAACGGUUCUGAAACCGGGGGAAAUUCUACCACCCCUUUCUCAACCAAGAACAGACAGACAAGGGAGAGAGAGAUGGCUUAUCAAGGAGGAGGAUAUUAUCAAGACCCUAAUCAAGCGUACUACGGUGGUCAGUAUCCGCAGCAGCCCGGCUACAAUCCGAACUAUCCACCGCAGCAACCCGGUUAUCCACCGCAGCAACCCGGCUACCCUUCGGGCGGCUACAUCCCCGGCUAUCCACCACAGCAACCGGGCUACCCGCCCCAACCCGGCUAUCCACCGCAGCCCGGCUUCGUACAGCCACCGCCAGCCAUGCCCGGUGCGUACGGUGCCGCCUACGAUCCCGAGACGGGCAGCGUCAAGGGCUUCGAGUUUAACGACCAAUCGAUACGGCGCGGUUUCAUCCGGAAGGUGUACUCCAUCCUCACGGUUCAACUGGCAAUUACACUGGGCUUCAUCACGCUGUUCCUGUACCAUCGGCCGACAAAGCUAUGGGUGCAAAAUCAUCCGGAAAUGUUUUGGAUCGCGCUCGGUGUGAUGGUUGUCACGCUGAUCUCCAUGGCCUGCUGUGGCGAUGUGCGCCGAAAGGCACCGAUGAACUUUAUCUUCCUGACGCUCUUUACGCUAGCCCAAGCGUUCCUGCUCGGCGUUACCACGGCCAACUUCAGCUCGCAAGAGGUCAUGCUGGCGGUAGGCAUAACGGCAGCCGUCUGUCUCGGGCUGACGCUGUUCGCCUUCCAAACCAAGUGGGACUUCACCGUGAUGGGCGGCAUUCUGUUCGUGGCCGUGCUGAUCCUGAUGCUGUUCGGGCUGAUCGCGAUCUUCUUCCCGGGCAAAACGAUCACGCUCGUCUACGCGUCGGCCGGUGCGCUGAUCUUCUCGAUCUACCUGGUGUACGAUACGCAGCUAAUGCUUGGCGGUGAGCACAAGUACUCGAUCAGCCCGGAGGAGUACAUCUUUGCCGCGCUGAACCUCUACCUGGACAUUGUGAACAUCUUCCUGUACAUUCUCACCAUCAUCGGUGCGUCGCGUGAUUAAGCUGCGCUCCGUGGGAGGUAGAUCAGGUUGUUUGUGCUACUGUUUUUUUUUUUUUUUUUUUUUUUUUGUUAGUUUCAUUAACUCUUUCGUUGACUAUCAAGCGUUCAUUCCAAACGAAUUGAAUUGUGGUACGAAUUGUAGCUGCAGCCUUGCUUUUGUUUCGGGUCAGCUUUUAUCGGAUAAUAUUGGAUUACUAAUGCAGCGUUGUUAGAUUGAUAACCCAUAAUGCCAUAUGUGUGUGUUUGUGUGCGUGGAAUAAUUUCCCCCUCACUCUAGGUGUCUCUAAUUACCGUUUGAGCUAAGCUGCUAUACAAACACAAGAUGCGCGUAUGAAUCUCUGCUUACGCUCAUCCAUUCAAAUGUGUGUGAACCCCUUUGAAUUUAUGACUGAAUUUAAAAGGUUCUCAAUUUAAACAAUCUUUCUUUUUCAACAUUUUUCGUUAUUUUUUUUCUUCUUCUUUUGAUUGCAUUCGGUAAGAAUUAUUUGCCGCUUGAAAGUGGAAUAUAAUCUACCCUGCAUAUAAAUUUCAUCACCGUAUAAAGUCGCACCCGGAAUAAUGCUACUUAAGCUUUCCCCCUAAACGAUAAGCGUUGACAGUUUUUGCACCGUGUCAUACGAAUUCCGUGAGGCUUAUCUUGCUUUGUGUUGUGAGGUUACGAUGGUACGUCUGGGAGUGAUUCAAACGUUACAUUUUUUGUUUUUGUUUUGAAGCCUUGUUAAAAGGGGUGAGCCCGCAUUUGGACUCGCAUUAUUGCACCUUCACGCAUACAGCAUAUAAAUACGGUGGUGGACUAAUUGAUGAACUAAGAAACAAGCAGAAACUUAACAAAAAAAUACGACAGCUAUAAGAAACACGCUGAAUUGAAUCCAGUGUCGAAUUGCGUACGGAAUUUUGUUUCCUCUUUACCAUUGCUAGCGUUGCUUGUACUGUUAUCAAACGCAUGUUAUCAGAUUGUUUUUUUUCCUGUUGGUGUCUGAAGAAGAAAACGCGAACUUAACCAGUACGUGGUGAUUCAUACGACUUUUUUCCGAGGCGCAAUGUUUGUGAUAAGGGCUUGUAGAAAUGAGAUCCAAAAAAGAUGAUACCAGUGAGGCUAACAUACAUACAAACGAUGUUUUCAGAUUUCGUACCGUUAGGAGCUGUGUUCCGGUGUAAGGCAAAUAUAUAUUUUAAGCAUGUGCCCUUUUGAAAUGUACCCCCUCGUAACUACCAAAUAUUGUUGUACACCACCAAAUGUCACUGCAGCAGCAAACUAAACCUUUAUCUAUACAGCGUGCAGAUGCUUCAGUGUGUGUGUGUGUAAUGUUGCUAGCUGCUCCAUGUAAUAAUGGUGAUGAUCUAUUUAUUUACCCAUGAAACCAUCGUUCGUUUGUUCGAAUUCUCCAUUCGAAUAUGCUUGGAGAGAGCGGGCUCUCCUGUGAAUGGCUUUGCGGAUAAGAAUAUCUUUACAAGCGUUACUUACAGUUGCAACAAAUACUAAAACAAAUACCAAACCAGUCCAAUAUUUAAAAAAAAUCAUAUUAUAUUAUCCAUCGAUACACCUACACAGAACAGCUAGAUAUGUAUAUAAUGUUUUCCCUGAUAACAUAAAUACUGGAUAACGAAGAUGAAAACACUAUUUAAGAAACGAAUCUAUAAGAAGAAGAUUAAAAAUAAAAUGAAAUAGAAUUGAAGAAACGCUAACAGCAAA